AUGCGCCUCGUCCUACUCUCGACGCUCUUGGCGUCCGUCACCGGCGUGGCUGUCGCAAAACCCGAGAAGAUCAGGGGCGUCAGCGACCCCGUCUACCACUUGUACCUUCAAGCUUACCCGAAGGACACGACGGUGCCCGUCUUGGGGCCCGAGGCCUCAGCCGAGUCUUUCAAUAUCGCGGGCUCCAUCCAGAGCGCCAACUCGAGCGCGUACCUGAACAUCGGAAGCGAUACCACGUCGUACAAGAGCCUCAAGUUUAGCAACGCCUCGGAGACGACGGCGUGGGGGCUCGAGGGCGACACCAUCAUUACGACCCAGGGGAGCACCUGGGGCCGCCAGCUGAAUUUCUUGGUUUGCGAGCUUGAGCAGGGGUAUUGGCAGGUGUACCUGCAGACUGGGAGUGACACGCCGAGCGGCAAGACCUGCAGCAAUUAUCAGACGAUCCAUCUUCCGUGCUUGUGUUAG